AUGGGUUUAUAUACCAAACUCGCUAGCGACAUUACCGAAGUCGACGUUAUCAUCGCUGGAGGCGGAACGGCAGCAUGUGUCGUUGCCGGGCGUCUGGCGGAGGCUGAUCCAAAUCUGUCUAUCCUUCUAAUUGAAGGCGGGCAAGAUAACCGUGGGGUCGAGAGCAUUGAGAACCCUGUCUUCUUCCUGGAUCACUUGCUGCCGACCUCCACCACGACCUUGUUCUACAAGGCGAACAAGUCAGACAACCUGGCUGGACGCGAGUCCAUCGUUCCCUGUGGCGGAACGCUUGGUGGAGGCUCGUCGAUCAAUUUUAUGAUGUACACUCGCGCUCAGCGAGCAGAUUUCGACUCUUGGAAGUCACCAGGAUGGUCUGCUGAUGAGAUCUUUCCGUUUUUGAAGAAGCUUGAGACAUACCAUGGCCGAGGUAACCCGGAACACCACGGCUUUGACGGCCCGGUUCAUAUCUCUGACGGCACAUACCGUUCCAAGAACCCAGAAAGCGACUUCAUCAACGGGGUGUCUCAAGUCGGCUGGCCAGAGGUUCAUGAUUUGCAAACUCUCGACGCCAACAAUGGUGUUGAGCGAUGGCUCCGAUAUGUAUCCAAGGAUGGUCGUCGGCAAGAUACUGCUACGGCUUAUCUUCACAACAAGAUCGACAACAAGAAGUAUCCGAACCUUCAUGUUCUCGUGGAGUCGAAGGUUGUCCGCGUUCUUCUUGAUGAUGACAAGCGAGCUGUUGGUGUCGAGUAUACUCCUAACCCAGCAUUCCAGGCUCAAAUCACGCCAACCCAACAUCCGACGUUGAGUGUCAAGGCUCGGAAGCUGGUCGUUGUUUCCUGUGGUGCUCUGGGUACACCACCUGUGCUUGAGAGGUCGGGUAUCGGUGCCCCCGACGUCCUUAAGAAAGCUGGCGUCGACGUAAAGGUUGACCUACCUGGAGUUGGCCACGAGUAUCAGGAUCACAACCUUAUUCUCUAUCCUUACAGGACUAAUCUCCAACCCCACGAAACAGCCGACAGAAUCCUCAGGAACCCCGACAAGCGCCCAGAGUUUAUUAAGUCAAAAGAUUCCAUGUUGGGAUGGAAUGCGAUUGAUAUCUCUUCUAAGCUCCGGCCUACGGAAACUGACGUCGCUGCACUUGGGCCUGAGUUUCAGAAGGCUUGGGACCGGGACUUCAAGAAUCACCCCAAUCGACCUUUGAUGUUGAUGGGCAUGAUCUCUUGCUUCCUUGGAGAUCCCUCGACCGUGCCUGAAGAGCAAUAUGUCACCGUCGGCAACUACACUGCUUACCCAUACUCUCGCGGCCACGUCCACAUCACCGGCGCUGGACUCGACGACCCUCUUGACUUCGAUGUUGGGUUCCUCAGUGACGAGAAUGACAUUGACUUGAAGAAGCAAAUUUGGGCAUACAAGAAGUCCCGAGAGAUCAUGCGUCGAACAAAGAUGUAUCGUGGUGAGAUCGCAGCUGGUCACCCAGCAUGGCCCUCAGGCUCCAAGGCCGCGUCGGUGGAGCUCAACGAGGCUCUCGGCAAUGUCACAGAUCUCGAGUACUCGGCGGAAGAUGACAAGGCCAUUGAGGAGUGGGUUCGACAGAAUGUUGCCACGACAUGGCACUCCAUCUCUACUUGCAGGAUGGCGCCUCGUGAUAAGAACGGUGUUGUGGACGAGAGACUGAAUGUAUAUGGUACAAAGGGCCUCAAGUUGGCUGACUUGAGUAUUCCUCCGGAGAACGUCGGUGCGAACACGAACAACACUGCUAUUGUUGUUGGUGAGAAGGCUGCAGAUAUCAUCAUCAAGGAUCUAGGCCUCGGUCCAUCGGCCAAGUUGUAA